AUGGCAAUUCUCGAGACCGCGGCCUCAAAGGCGGCUGGUCCUGGCGCCUAUCGGAGCACCAAAGGAAAUGGAUUCGCAAAGAAUGUGUCUUUGAUUUUUGUGAUGCAUUACUCGAGAGUUAUGCCUCCUGAAGGCGACCACCGGUAUUUCACAUCGACAGCCGUCUUUCUCAACGAAGUUAUUAAGCUGGCCAUAUCUCUCACACUGGCUCUAUACGAGACGUCCAAGACCCUUGCUCCGAGCACGCCAGCCACGGUUCUCUUUGAGCAGAUUUACAACGGUGUAUUCUCCAAUGAUGGCUGGAUGCUGGCCGUGCCCGCCGCUUUGUACACCUUCCAGAAUUUGCUGCAGUACGUAGCUGUCGAAAAUCUGGAUCCAGUUCACUUCCAGGUCUUGUAUCAAGUUAAGAUUCUCACAACAGCCGUCUUCAGUGUUUUUCUUCUCCGCCGCCAACUGGGUUUCAAAGGAUGGGCGUCCCUCGUCAUCCUCACAAUCGGUGUCUGCAUCGUUUCUCUGCCACCCUCCGAAAAGACGACCAACUCGCUCCUCCUGCACGGCGUCCCCGACCACUUCUUUCCUCGAUCAAAGCACGAAAUUGGCCAAACUGUGGCUGGCGCUGAUGUUCCCGAAGCAGCGCUGCACCUGAGCAGGCGGUCCGCCACGUACGAAGGCAUCGCCAAAGAUUUGCCUCCCGCAGACCCCAUUAUGAACUUUUCUGUGGGCGUUACCGCAGCCCUCGUCUCUGCCGUUGUGUCUGGAUUGGCAGGUGUUUACUUCGAGAAGCUGCUUAAAGAGAGCUCUACCAAUGCCAGUGUCUGGAUGCGAAACGUUCAAUUAAGCUUCUACUCGCUCAUUGCGGCUUUCUUGGGAGGCUGUAUGUACCAAGAUGGCGCUGGCAUCCAAGAACAUGGGUUCUUUGAGGGCUACAAUGCCGUGGUUUGGGCAGCAAUACUGCUCCAGGCUGCUGGUGGGCUACUAGCCAGUCUCGUGAUUCGCGAUGCCGACAAUAUAGUAAAGAACUUUGCGACGAGCAUCAGCAUCGUAAUCAGCUUCGUCGUCAGCGUGUGGAUCUUCGACUUUGCCGUCACCUUAACAGUAAGUUAUUUGUCCGCCUAA